AUGAAUCUUGCAUUCAUAUUUCUAUACGACAUGUUGAAUAGGAGCGGUCAAACAACGCCAGAACGUAUAUUGUCUAAUCCAUGGUAUGACAAAGGUUUUUGUGAACCAAAUCAAUAUAAAGCAGCUAUUGAUCGUUGCAAUGGUGGAUAUGAUUCAUGUGAUUUAUUCAUUCAUAUUUUUUCUGAACGUGCUAAAAUUGAACGAAAUUAUAUAUCUGAUUUGGAAAAAUGGUCAGCAACAAGUAUAAAGGAAAUUAGUCAAACAAAAGAAUUUGGUACAAAUAAAAAAUGUUGGAUUGAUGUAAUACGAGCAUCAAAAGAAAUAGCUAAUACACAUUCUGAUAUUGUUCAACGUCUUCAAGAAAAUGUUAUUGAUAAAAUGGCUAGUUAUAAAAAAGAAAAUUAUGGUAAAUCAAUCUUACAUGUCAAGAAAAUUAAAGAAUUCGAACGAGAUUUUGAACAAGUACAAAAAUCAUGGAUUAAAUUAUUAGAUAAAAUUAAUAAAGCUAAAAAAGAAUAUCAAGAUGCUCAUCGUCAAUUAAAAAAAGCUGAAACAGCUGAAAAAAUUAUUGAAUCUGAUCGUGGUGCUGAAGAAGAACAAAAAACAAAAGUUAGAUUAAGUGUUAGUACCUAUAAAAAAGAAUGUGAAGCGCUUAAAAGUAAAUAUCAACAAUAUAUUGAAGAAAUGAAAAAUUCAAGACCAAAUUAUGAAAAUUCAAUGAAAGAAGUACUUGAUCGUACACAUGCAUUUGAAAAAAAACGAUUGGCACAAUUUAAAGCAUUAUUUACAGCUCUUCAUCAAUCUCUAUUAAUUGAUAAAGAUACUCAUCUCAAAGAAAUGUCUGAACAAUUUACAAAAGGAAUUAAUUGUCAUGAUACUGAGAAAGAUAUUCAAUGGUGGAAUUCUCAUUUUGGCAGUGAUACAAAUACAGCAUGGCCAUCAUUUGAAGAAUUAAAAGAUUAA